AUUGUCGACUUGGUGUUAGACGGAGAGCACGAGACUUCAACAGGAUCAAGAUCCGCACCAAUCGCGCUCAUCUCCAGACAAUGGCGAGAUAUCGUUGAGAGUCGUGUAUUCAAUACCACAAUGGUCGAAGAUGAAGAACUGCAGACAUUUGCCAACAUCUACGGAGGUCAAACAGGCGCACAUCGGCGUGCGUGUCUGCACAAAUUAACCCUGGUAAUCAAUGUACCUGAACGUACAAAUUUCAGAGAUUGGCAGCCUUGCUCAAGAACUGAGCGAGCUGUUAAGAGACAGUGCAAUAACGAGGCAUUCACUGCAGCUCUCAACGCUCCGCUCAGCACUUUGAAGUCUUGGCCCUACGACCCGACACGCGAUCGUGGCAUCCAUUUCCAGAUUUGGGGGUAUCAUGAGGUACGUCUACACGAGAGAGUGAAAUUGCUUGUUCCAGACACAACCCCCAAAGUACGUCGUAUAAACUCUUUCAAGAUUUCAGGAAACGUGGUCGAACUCGGGAAUUUGCCUGUAAUCGCGUCUCGAUUCCCUGGACUGCAAAGCUUCGAUUGGUACGCAGACGGCGAGAUCGGUACCAGUUCGCGGAAAACUUACGCACGUUCGUUUGCGGACUCGUCAAUACGAGAAGCAAGGCUUACUAUAUCCACCAAUACUCCCGAUAACGAGGAUAUCGAGACACCCAGUCUCCUGCUUCCCGGCUCGGCCUCGGAUGAAUUCAUUCAAGCUCUUCACAGUUUCUCGCAACUUGAAAGCUUGUCUGUUCUGGAUGUCCACGAAGCAGUCAUAUCCCCAGCCCUAUUUUGGCCGUCUGAGGUCGGCACCUCCCUACAUUACUGGCCUAGUCUGACCAUCUUGCGAGUAUCUAUCAACUGCAUGGCGGCAGAUGGCGGCUGGUACUUCGAGCAAAACCCCUACGUCCUACCAGAUGAUGAUGGUGAUGAUGAUGAGCGAUCUNCCGUUCAACCCGGACUGGGAGAGCAUGCCAUCAACCCCGAACGAUUAUUCGCAGAGCAGGAAGCUCUAGCUCGGACUGCCAACUUCUCUGAUGACUCUGUGCUCAGCUCCCCGGAUUCUGGUUCUGAAGAAGAGCGUGGACGAAUCUACGAUACUACACACAGGUUCCGCACCUGGCCCUCUCCAAAGAUGGAAAUUUUACUACACUCCAUGGCAAGGGCCGCUACUCGGAUGCCGGCCUUGAAAUUCUUCGCCGCUGGCUCCGAGAUACCUUAUCCCUAUGACCUUUAUUUCCAAUUUUUCUAUAUCAGAGCUGGAGAACAGGAAGAUCUGAAUGAUCUCGACUUUGAGAAUAACGAUGCCUCCAAGUCAAGGUUAUUGUGGCAAGUCCCAAGGUGUUGGCGUAUGAGUGAAAGAGUAGAUAGGCUUUGGAGAGUGAUAUUAGGUCAUGAGGUUAUCAUCGAAUACCAAGAAAGGGUGCUGGCAGCAGGGGGAUACUACACUGAGACCCAUACAGAAAAGAUUAACCCUGGAAGUCCCAAAGUCGAG